UUUUGUUUCACCAUAUGUCCACGUGGUGGGCACAGUUGGCGGGGGACAAAGUCAGAACAAGAAAAUCGCGCCGCAUAAAGGGCUCUCCAUCAAAAUCUGGAAGAGGAGUGAAGUAGUAACAAGUUGCAGAUGAUGGAACUCAUGAUCUGGCUGAUCCUGUUGAGCACGCUUGGAUCCUCUACAGCGUCACUCAACGCACACAAAGCUGGGGUCUUGGUUGCAUUGAAAAGGAGCCUCCUGGGACUGGGAAACACCUCAGACUGGACUGUGGAAAACUCCGAUCGAGCAUGCACCGACUGGAAGGGAGUGAUUUGCAACAGUGACGAUUCAGAGGUGGUGGAGCUUCAUCUGGCAGGAAAUGGAUUCACAGGUGAGAUCUCGUCGCCGGCACUCGGGCAGCUGACGAGUUUGCGAGUCUUGGACGUGAGCAAAAACCGGCUGGUCGGAUCUCUUCCUGCGGAGCUCGGGCUGCUGCAAAGCUUGCAAGCUUUGGACGUCUCAGGUAACAGACUGACUGGGAGCUUGCCUCGGGAUCUCGGCAACUGCAGCGCUCUUCGUUUUCUCAACGCCCAGCAAAACCAGCUUCAAGGUCCAAUACCGCCCCAGCUAGGAGCGCUCCAGAGGUUGGAGAUACUCGUCCUGGACAACAACCGCUUGUCAGGUUCUCUUCCUCCGUCCCUUGCGAACUGCUCGAAGCUCCAGGAGAUUUGGCUGACGAGCAAUGGUGUUGAAGGGGAGAUUCCUCAGGAAGUUGGGUUUAUGCAAGAGCUGCGAGUAUUCUUCGUGGAGAGAAACCGGCUGGAAGGGCUCAUUCCACCAGCUUUUGCAAACUGCUCGUCUCUCGAGCUCUUGGCGCUCGGGGAGAAUUCUCUGGGCGGGAGGAUACCAGAUGAGCUUGGACGGCUCGAAAACUUGGUGGCGCUCUCACUGUAUAGCUUGCAGUGGCUGGAGGGGCCAAUUCCUCCUGAGAUCGGCAACAACAGCAAGCUCGAGUGGUUUGAUAUCAAUGGAAACUCGCUCAUGCAUGGCUCGAUUCCAGUGUCGCUGCUUCAGCUCCCGCACUUGGCCACCUUGCAACUCUUUGGUUUCAACAACACCUCGGAUCGUCCGGUCCCGGAGCAGCUCUGGAACAUGACUCAGCUCGAGUUUCUGGGAAUCGGGAGGACAAACAGCCGAGGGAUCCUGUCACCGAUCGUCGGAAACUUGACAAGGCUUCGGUCGCUGAGACUCAACGGGAACCGCUUUGAAGGAAGCGUUCCGGACGAGCUGUCCAAGUGUCCCAGGAUGGAGACGCUGAUCCUCUCCAACAACAGACUCCUGGGAGGCGUUCCUCGAUCGCUUGGCACGCUUGAGCGUCUCAGAGUUUUGAUGCUCGGUGGAAACAAGCUCUCCGGAGCAAUACCAGAGGAGCUCGGGAACUGCACCAACCUGGAAGAGCUGGUCCUCGAGAGGAACUUCUUCCAUGGAGCAAUACCCGAGUCCAUCGCCAGGAUGGCAAAGCUUCGGAGUUUGCUCCUCUACGGAAACCAGCUCUCCGGAGUGAUUCCAGCUCCAGCUUCGCCAGAGAUAAUCGACAUGAGGCUGCACGGCAACAGCUUAUCAGGCUCCAUCCCUCCCUCCGUUGGCAACCUUUCCAAGCUUUCCAUACUCUAUCUCUCCAACAACAAGCUGGACGGCUCCAUCCCGGCCACUCUCGGACAGCUUCGACGAUUGUCACAGGUGGACUUGUCCGAGAACCAGCUCACGGGUGGUAUUCCUGGCAGCCUCGCAAGCUGUGACUCCUUGCAGCUACUGGAUCUAUCCUCCAACCUCCUGAGUGGAGAGAUUCCGGCGUCCAUCGGUGAAUGGACCGGCUUCCAGACCGCGGACAAGAACCAGGCUCUCAAAAUAUCGCCCAUGACACCGUCGGGAGUGUUUCUGGAGAACUCCACCGAUGCAUACAGAAGAACUGUGUCCAAGGAUAUGGCUGCCUCCUUGGAUGGACACACGUACCAGCAAUACGCAAGGGAGUUGGAGGUGCCAGGGGUGCUCGACUUGUCGGCGAACCAGCUCACCGGUGAGAUUCCCGCAAGCUUGGGAAAGCUGGCUGGAGUCCGGGAGCUCAACUUGUCACACAACCGGCUGUCUGGAGGCAUUCCAUGGACUCUGGGAGAGAUGACGUCCAUGGCAGUGCUGGAUCUCUCUUUCAACCGGAUCAACGGGACGAUACCAGGGGGACUGGCGAGGCUUCACUUGCUCAAGGAUCUGAGGGUCGUGUUUAAUGACUUGGAAGGCAGGAUUCCAGAGACUCUGUUGUUUGGCGCGUCGAGCUACGAGGGAAAUCCAGGACUGUGCGGGGAGCCUCUCUCGCGGCCGUGCGAAGGAGAUGGCCUCGUGGACGUGGGCGAUGGUGCAACUUGGUGGAAGGAGAACGUCUCCAAUGGUGCGUUUGUAGUGGGAUUUCUUGUUGUGGAGCGCCAUCUUUUUACUUGUUUGCCAACCAAGAGGCCAAAGAAGAAGCGAAACAAGAAGAUGGCGGUGGUGGUCAGCCUGGUCAAUUCAGUGGAGGAGGUCACCGCAGGGGUCAGCGAGGUCAGCCUUCACUAGUACUACAACCUUGAUUUUUAUGAUACGGCUUUUAGGGUUGAAACACAUGUUGCAAGGCAAAUG